UUAUACUUCACGUUGGCUCCGCUUUUCGUCAAACUCAGAGCAUGUAAGCCACGUUAAUGACUUCUAAGUGUAAUUUAUUAAUUAUUAUAUACCUAAUAAUGGGUAUUAGCGGAAAUUUCCAAGAUUUAGAUUUACCAAACUACGAUUACAAUUCAUACAACGAAAAUAAUUUUCGUAAAAAGUUCAUUGCAAACAAAAAGGGAAAUGUAUUGAAAAAUAAAAGAACGAAUUUGUUGGAUAAAUAUUUGUUCAACAACACUGUGUAUUUAAACGGAAUAAUACACUAUGAAAUUAAUGAAAACAAUACAAAAUACAAUAAAAUUAAUAGUGUCGAAAAUGAGUUUAAGUUUGUGUUAGCAAUGGACGGAGUGAAAUACACGUACAAAAGGGGAUCAAAAUGGCGGACUUGGAGGGAAUUAGUACAUGAUGGCGAUAAAAAAAUUAUUUGUUAUAUUUGUGAAAAUAUUGUUAAAGGAAACUGUUCAAACUGCCACGGUGGUGGUCAUUGGACUAUAGAAGACAAACCACCGUGUCCAUACGAAAUAUUCUCAAUAAAAGAAGAAAACGAAAUAUGUGCAAAAUACUACACUCAAUACACCACGACAGACGACUGUCCUUCUAUAAUAAAGUUUGAGAAUCUCAGCGUUAGUUGUGACAACCCUAUAGAAACAAAAUGGCAGAUUACACGAGAUUAUAGGAACAUUAAAUAUUUUCCCGCGUUCAUAUGUAACGGAAAGGAGUAUUGUGAAAUGACCACUAUUUAUACUAUUGACCAACAAGGUAUAUCAUUCCGAAUAAUCAAUUCAUCGAAUAACAUUAUUUAUUCGAGAAUAAUGAGAAAUGGCGGGAAAAAUUACGCUUGCAUCGACGAUUGCGGCUACUGGGAUCCUAAUACGAAAAAAAUAUCAUCACAACAACAUCCACUCUCCUUUGACUUAUUAGGAAAAAACAAAAAGAAAAGAGAAGAUAUUUAUGGCACUACUGUAACAACACUAAAAUCGAGUAAACAAUUAAAGAAAUCGACUAAGCCUUAUAAAAAUAGACACUUGUCUAUGGCAAAAAGCGCGGGAAUAAAAUCAAUAUUAGAACUCAAUGUCGAGUCUACUACGAUGUCACAUUGUAAGAAAUUGGAGAAAAUGGAUCAAGAGUAUGAAGACGAGGAAUCUGAUUAUGAAUAUUGAUAUUUAAAAUAAUACCCACAAACCUUUUAUCCCCGAAGGUGUAGGCAGAGGCGCAAAUGGUGCGCCCAUUUUUCGCCGUAUGUACUCCGUCCCAUGGUAUGAUAGGGGGCGAGCAUAUCGCCAUAACGGGCACAAGAAGCCAAUAUCACUUUGCCCAAGCCGGAAAUGGAACCCGAGACAUUAGCACUGCAGUCGUCUCCUAAUACAACUACGCCAACAAAGCAGUCAAAAUCAUUCAAUCUAUUACGUAAAUAAUUAAUACGUAUUCUAAUAUAGAUUAUAUUGCCUUCCAGCUUAAGUAAAAAGCUUUUCCCGGUAUUUUAAUAUUUUUUAAUAUUAUUGUAAUUAACUUUUAUUAAGAGUAAAUUAAUUUAAAGUA